AUGGCCGACCGCUUUUCGCGCCGAUUUCGCGCCGCAGCAGCGCCCGCGCCAGGGGCCCGACACCAAAUGGUUGCGCCGUCCCUCGUUAUCUUCGGGUGCAACGAACAGAUGGCCCGCCGCGCCCCCUGUUUGUUCCCAGAUAAGCGUGACUCUCCACUUCCCAUACCGGCCGGGCGCGCCUCAAGCGAAGCACCAAUGGACGUCGACAAGCGCUACACG